GCCCAUUUCCUUCCAUCCCCACAACUCAACCAUCCCCCUUUUUCCCUCCUGAUUUGAUCCUUCCUUCUUGGUUUAAUACAAAACUCAAAUCACCCGUCUCUCGAUUUUAUAAAAAUACCAGUACACGAAUUAAUCCCUCAUUUGUCUAGAUUCAUUCUUUAUAUCCAUUCCCCUAAAUAACUAGCUCAGAAAAAAAAAAACCCCUCAUAUGUUAAUUUGCCCGUUUAUUUAAUUUUUUUUUUUUUAGAAUUUAAAGAGAGAGAGAGAGAGAUGGUGGAAGUAUUGUUUUCGUUGAAGAAUGUAUUAGUAGUGUCGCUAGCAAUGAAUAUGUGUUUGCUUUGGCAGAUAAGCUAUUUUUAUUAUUAUUACUACGAUGAUGUUGAUGCCCUAAGAAUUACUUCCUCCUCCUCCUUUUGGAAUACUAGCAGCUGGCGGGCGAGGCUUCAUUCUCCUCCUCCUUCUUCUUCUUCUGCAACUCACCAAAAUAAUAAUAAUAAUAAUAAUAUCUGUCUUAAUAAUAAUAAUCAUGAUGAUGGUUGUCACAAUAAUAAUAAUAAUAAGUUAAGAAAGACAGACGAAAAUAGUGAACUACCGCCAACUGCUACGACGUCGUUUAGCUCUACUCCUGCUCCUACUCCAGAUGGCGGGGAAUCUCGUGUCAUCAAUCUUGAUCAUGGCGACCCAACGAUGUAUGAGAACUUUUGGAAGCACAAGGAAGAAACGACGGUUGUGACUUCCAGUUGGCAACACAUAAGUUACUUUUCAGAUGUUACAAAUGUUUGCUGGUUUUUGGAGCCACAGCUCGUAAGUGCAAUCACGAGGCUACACAAUGUGGUUGGCAAUGCAGUCACAGAGGGUCACCACAUUGUUGUGGGAACGGGCUCUUCACAACUUUAUCAGGCUGCAAUUUACGCUCUUUCAUCGCCCUAUGUUUCAGGGCCUACGAAUGUGGUUUCUGCUGCUCCAUUCUACUCGUCGUACCCAUUGAUGACUGAUUACUUGAAAUCAGGGCUACACAAAUGGGCAGGUGAUGCAAAUGUGUUUAAUAAAGAAGAGCCCUACAUUGAGCUAGUGACUUCUCCUAACAACCCCGAUGGAUUUACAAGGCAAGAUGUAGUCAAAGGAGAUAAAGGGAUUCUGAUUCAUGAUCUUGCUUACUAUUGGCCACAAUAUACACCGAUUGUAUUAGCGGCAGACUAUGAUAUAAUGCUUUUCACUGUCUCCAAAAGCACUGGCCAUGCUGGUAGCCGAAUUGGUUGGGCUCUUGUCAAAGAUAGAGAGAUUGCUAAGAAAAUGACAGCAUUUAUAGAGAUUAACACCAUUGGUGUAUCUAAAGAUUCACAGAUCCGAGCAGCAAAGAUUUUACAAACUGUGGCUGAUACUUGUGACCAUGCCCACCAGAAACAAUCCGAGAGUUUCUUCGACUUUAGCUACAAACUCAUGACAGAAAGGUGGAAUAAAAUUAGAGAAGCCGUGAAUAAGACUGAACUUUUCAGUUUGCCAUAUUUUCCAGUGGAGACAUGUGCUUUCAGUGGGCGGACUUUUGGACAGCUACCUGCCUUUGCUUGGUUAAAAUGCGAGAAAGUUGGUGAUUGUGAAAGCUUCCUCCGAAAACAUAAGAUACAUACCAGAGGUGGAAAGCACUUUGGGGCUAGCACGGAAUAUGUGAGGAUCAGCAUGCUGAGUAGAGAUAGUGAGUUUGAACUCUUAACUCAGAGGCUGCCUGCAAUCAUUUCUUGACAAUCCUUCUAGUGGGGAAUUCGGGUUAGCAAUAGGCCUAUGUAAAAAAAGAUGUUUUUUUCCCUUCUUCUUGGUAAUGUUUUACAUGAAUAUUUAGGUCGUUCGUGUUCUUGACAAAACAUAGUAACAUUAAUGAUCGAAAUAACCGAAAAGUCACGUGUGACGAAGGUUCAGCUCC